GAAGUGAUCGCCCAUCAUCGACUGAUCGACACACAUGUGCACACCCGCCAAGCUUCGUUCGAUCGAUAUUCGAUUUCUCGAGGGUCGGACCGCCGGGCCAUAGUUCUGAAGCAACAAACAAAAGACCAGUUGUACGCCGGCAACUCAACCAUGAUCGCUCUGACGAGGUCCUCAACAGCCCGCUACCUCGUGUCCCCUCAAAUAGAUCAACGUCGUGGACAAAUAUGCCACUAUCCAGUCGAUGACAACAGCAGCGUUUCCAUAACGAGGGAAACCACCCGGAUCUGCUUCAGUACCGUGACAAUACGACAUGGAGGUAGCAAAUACCAUGGACUACGGCAUACCUUCCAUCCGACUGGUGGCGGGACAAUCCACAGAGGCUUCCAUAUCAGCUGAUCUGGGCUUGCCGAAUCUCGAGCCCAUCAAAUAUCGACGAUCCACGAUAGGCAACACUUCCAGAGUCGGUUUGAAUAUUGCGUUGAGGGGCCGACCGGUGCCUUCGGAUGCCGGCCGUGUUGCUUUCACACCUGGGGCCACCGGAAGCCCAGCUCCGUUGCCAAUGCCAAUGCUCGACUACAGUCAGGAAGGCAUGUCUCGUCAAGGCGUCAUUUGGGGAACGAGAAGGAACCCAUAUCUGGUCAACAGCCUCGGUGAAUCGUCGGUGUCGUCCGGGAUCAAGGCGAUUCGACCGAUAUCGACAAGAAAGACAUCUCUGGAUGGUUAUCUGUGCAGUGAAGGACUUCCAAGAGCCAGCGGAUCAAUAUCACGUUCACGCAGUGCUAACAGGAUAGCGUCCCUUCCGGAGUCCAACCACGCUUUACCUCUACCCGGCCGAGUCAAGUCCCCUGAAAUCGAGAGGGCAAGAGGCAUAUACGGAUCGAUGAAGCCAGCCGGUCCAGCCGGAGCCGGUAGCGAACGCAGGCAGAUCAUGGGAUGGUGUGGAUGUCGACCAGAGUCAGAGAAUGACAACGUAGCGAGCACGAUAUAUUCCCGCGACCGUCGCCGAUCGCCUUGUCCUGUCGCGCAACCUGCUUCCCCUGGGGUUGCUACGUGCCAUCACCACAGACGUGUAGCAUGUAGUGCACCGACGGCUCGCGGGACCAAGCCUACCAACCACAUGGUUCGUUCACAUUCGGAGCCGAGUACAGAGCGAUGCAAAACGCGGAACCCCUCCUGCACCACGGUAUCGCUCGAAAACAAUUCGACAACUCUGCUUGAAGCAGGACAUGGUUCGCCUCGCUUGUCGACCACAAAGAUGGCGCCCGCGGAGCAGUCCACCGCCCAGACCCAAAGCCAGCGUCGCACAUCCAUCUCCAGCCUCUAUUCAGAGCUAUCCCUUGAUCAAUAUGAUUUCCCGACACCACCUCAGCUUGAGCUCAAUCGCCGCUACUUCGAACCAUCCGACAAUCAUUCAUCGCGGAACGUUCAAGGGCCGGUUCUGUUCUGUGGCGGCGAAGCGGUCACAGACAGAAUCAGUCCGCCACUGCAUCUGGCAUAUGGACGCGAUGGCAGCACGACUCCAUCGUCCACGAGCUCACGCUCAAGCCAAAGCUUUAGUCUUUUGACCCCAGUGACGACUGGAGACUUCUGCCUGAAGACUUUUUGGCCAUCCGCAAAUGAUACUCCUUCGAAAGAAGAUGACAGCCUAGGCGACUACGACUUGGACCUUCGUUUCCAACACGGCCUUGCCGGCAUCGCUGGCAUCUUGCUUUCACCGAAAGAGGAAAGCUGCUUUGUGCUUCCCGAUAUCCCCAUAGACGCUCUUAGUCCCAUAGAAUGGGGCACAGCUAUAUGACGAGGAACCACGGUCGCGUCUCGAGGAUUCCGGCCAAACAUGCAAGAUCCCGGGUCUCCGUGAAUAGAUAAGAGCAGAUUGUAUCUCGAGACAUGUUCAUUGUGGUCCAGUCGAAUUGUUGGAUU